AUGAAUAUAAAGAAAAAUACUUAGAAUGAUUGCAAUUUAUCAAUAGAUUCGAACAUUUAAGUAAUCUUUAAGACAAUUUUAGAUUAAUAUUGAUAGCGCUGAAAGUGAUGCAUUUUUGAAGAUUGACUAUUUAUAUGUAGUCCAAAGAUUUGACGUUUUCACAGCUUCAUCCCAAUGCGAGAAUUAAAAUUUUUACUUUAUUUAUUCAAUGGACAAUUUCAACACAGAUAUUGAAUAGAAAAAAUCUAAGCCAUACUUUAAAGCAAAUGCAGAAACCGAAUGCUAUGAAAGAAUAUCAUUACCAAGUUCUUGUAGAUCAUUCAAUAUGGAAGUAAAACAAAAUUUAAGUUCCACUAACCAAAAACUACUUUUUACUGUCUAAAGAAAUUAUAGGUACACAUGCCUUUGUCUGAACAGGUAUUGUAAUUAUUAUAAUAUAAGACCUGAUGUUUAGGUAAUAGGGUCAUCAGGAAAAAAAAUUGGUUAUGUUAGAUCCCCUUUAUUUUCAAUAUAAAAAACAGUUGAGAUAUUUGAUGCAAAUAAUAAUUUGUUAUUUAAUAUAAAAGGCAUUUGGAAUUAACUAUAAACAUAUUGUUAUUUGCCCUAUGAUUUUUGUAAAACUAUAUCUUUUGAUAUUCAUAAUAAGUUCAAUAAAGUAAUAUUUAAUAUAUUUAGAAAAUAGCUGAAAUAAAGAAGAUUGGCCACAAAAAGGGAUGCUGCUAUGAAUGUAUGUUGAAUGUAGAAUCAGAGUAUGCAGUCUAAUUUCCGAAACUAUCCUCUUAUGAAGAAAAAGCACUUAUACUCUCAGGUGUUUUCUUUUUAGACUAUAGUUUUUAUGAAGAAAGAUAUAGUGAUAUGUGUUGUUUAUGCAUAUAAAGGUGUUGCUGUUCUUAAUGUAUUGAAUGA